UCAAAGUUGAAGCUGCAUACCUAGAUUAGUUAGCCAGCUGUAAGUGUCUGUAAAGUAAUUUAAUCGUAAAUGGUUAAACGGUAUCUCUUAAAUCAUAGCCACUAUGAAAGUACUCUAAUUUCAGUGCCCGCGGAUGCUACGAUAACCUAGAAAAAAUGGACGCCUUGGAGUGUGUUGUUGAUGAAGUUGCACUUGAGGGUUUGGAUGGGAUAAGUGUAAACGCACUAUGGACGAGGCUGGAGAACAGAAUCCCCCAAUUUAGCCUCACCUUAGAUCCACCCACCAAGGAAUACCUGUGGAGGUGCCUGGUCUGCAACCCAGAGAUCAGUUUCUAUGAACUUCCUCAAGCCAGGAAACCGAUCGUGUUGACGGACCGGUUCGCAGAGAUUGAUCCGGAGACUGGCAUUCAAGAAAUUCGGCGGCUUACUCUUGACGCAGAUGACGCAGUCUAUCCUGUUCAUGUUAUCCAAGACAACAAAGAUGGAAUUCAGGGCUCUUGCCUGUAUUUCAAGGAGCGUAAAGACAUCACAAGUAAAAUACGGCAGGACAACUUCACCCCCAUCCUCACGCUGGAGCAAAUGGUUUCAAAGUGGGGCGAGAAGCUGGUUGCCGUGGCGUCACAGGCUGUCCGGUACCGUACUCUGAUUGGUCCUGAGGGGGACCCCGAGCUGAAGCUCACGGACACGUCCUACUGCAUCCUGGAGCGGCUUGGCAGAGCACGGUGGCAGGGGGAGCUGCAGAGAGACCUGCACUCCAACACAUUCAAGGUGGACGCGAGGAAGAUGCACUACCUGCGUCGGUCACUGGACAGGAACAAGAUGAUCACCAUGCAGACGCACGUCAUCCGUAUGGCCAACGGGGGGCAGCAGUGCUCUAUCCUGCUGCUGCUCAACCGCUUCCACGUGGACAGGAGGGGCAAGUAUGACAUCCUCAUGGAGUGCACAUCUAACAUCCUCUCCUCCUCGCCCAACAAUAUUGGCAUCAUGCUCAAACUCCGACAUCAACUGCAUGUGUCUGAGCGCACCUUCAAGCGUGUCUACCACUACAUGGCGGCGGCCAAGCUGGUGGAAGUCAUCAAUCUGCCUCUGCACCAGAUCACCCCCGGUGCCGGGGCCAUCAAGUCUAAGAAGGGAACUGACAUAAUGGUGCGUUGCCUCAAGCUCCUCAAGCCUUAUGGCAAGAAGAAAGAGGAUGAUGAUGAUGAAGACAACGACGACGACGAUAAUGACGGACGGAAUGUGAUCGCUGAGGGGCGGGAUGUGGAGAAGGAUGUGGCCUCUUAUGCUUACGAGAUUGUGGUAAAUGCCGGGACCAAAGGCAUCUCUCAGAGUGAGCUCAGGAAGCGUCUGAACAUCGGCAAGCUGGAGGGUCGCAUGAUCUGCAGACUGCUGGACAGGAACGACAUGAUCAAAGGUUUCAUGGAGGACGAGGGCCGCCAGCGCACCACCAAGUACAUCAGCAAGCAGUUUGUGGAGCAGAGCGAGCUCAAGAAGCGGUACACCAAGGAGAAGGAGCGCAGCCUGCAGCUCUACAGCGGCACCACCGCCACCGCCGGGGAACACGCUCACACACCCGCCACGCCCACACAGGCCACGCCCACACCCGCCACGCCCAAACCCCCCGCGGCCAAACGCAAGAAGGUGUCACCGGCGGCAGCGUCGACGUCGCGACCGAAUGAGGAGGCGGAAGCGACGCAGGAGGAGGAGGAUGUGGGCUCGGGGCAAAGGGGAAAGGAGCUUGCACCAGAUGCAGAGCGGGAAGGAGAACCGCACAGGGUUCCAGAACUAGAACCGCAGCCUCAGGAGGAGGAGGAAGAGGAGGAGGAGGAGGAGGAGGAGAUGGGGGCGGUGAAGGAUGUGGAGCCGGCAGGCGGGAAGAAGGGGCAAAAGACAGCGAAGGGGUCAGGCAAGGGCAAGGGCAAGAGCAAGGGCAAGAAGGCGGCACUGGACCAGACUGUGGACACAGAGGGUGCCGAGGGGACCCCAGGCCGCCUGAGACAGACCAAACUCAGCUUCGCUCAUGCCAGGCCCUCUACCCCACAGAAGGAUAAGACUCCGCCCCCCUCUAUCAAUCUGGUUGGUGACGAAACCCUGGCGUAUUUGGAGCAAGAGGUAGCGGCUGAGGAGUUUGACCAAUCAGACCUCACUAUGGACACUUCUGCUGCCACGGUUCCCACCCCCGUUCACAGCUUCAGCCAAUCACCAUCUCCUGGCGAGAGCGUCACACUUGUGGAGGAGGUGCUUGAGCCUAAAAUGAAACUGCCAGACAAGGGCAGUCGUCGAAUACAGAAUAAGAAAGUGACCUACCGGCUCCUCAAACGCAAGAACAUCAUCAUCGAGACAGUCCGCAACCUCAAGAUCAUCGAGAAUAUCUUCACUCUGCAGAAAAUGCUAAUUGAAUCAGAGAGGGCGGACGGCGUGAGCACCAGGGUGUGUAAGAAGAGCAUCGUGAGGCUCGUCAGGAGUCUGUCUCGCGAGGGGCAGCUCCGCCUCUACAGGACCACCAUUAUACAGGACGGCAUCAGCAAACGGGUGGAGUUUGUGGUCCAUCCCUCCAUCACCCCUGAUGACCCGCUGAUCAAGAGUGCUAUAGAACAGGUCCGCUUCCGCAUCUCUGGGUCCUACUCCUCCCUCAGGCUGCGGACCCACGACGAGAAGAAGCAGGAGAAGAAGGAACCGACCAAGCCGCCACCAAAACCCCACAAGCUGGACCAGAAGAUGGGCAUCAUGCCCCUCACCGACUUCCGGCCCGCCGUAGUCCCUGGCUACGGUCGAGCUCUUGGCUUUCAGCCCAAGAUGCCGCGCUUGAGGAUGGUCCACACCUUUAUCUGGUACGUGGUGUACGGACACCCGCUCAGCCCGUUCCGCAGUCCCGAGGCCAACGCGUCUGACCAGGAAGUGAAUAAAAAUGCACAGGAAGUGAUUGCUGGAACAUCAGGGCUGGGACCGGAAGUGGAGGUAAACGCACAGAAAACGGAUAUGGGCACCCAGGAAGCUGCGCCGUCGAGCACGCUUUUGCAGGAACAGGAUGCGACAUCAAGUGAACAGGAAGCAGCAAGUGAGCACAUGCGUGUCUAUGUCGAUGAGAUCAACUGGAAGCGCUACGUGCCUCCUCUCCCAGUGCAUAAGGAGUUUGGGACUGGAUGGGCCCUGACUAGUGACAUCCUCAUCAGCCUACCGCUCUCCCUCCUCAUCCAGAUCAUCCACAUCAGCUACAAGGUUGACGGUCUGGAGGAGUAUGUGAACGACCCGGUGAAGAAGCACUACCUGGUCAGAUUCCUGCCCUCGGCCAUGAAGAGACAGCUGCUCUUCAAACGGAAGUAUGUGUUCAGCUUCUAUGAGAGUUUAGAUCGACUCUGCAGCAUGGGCCUGAUGCAGUUCGGCCCCAUGGAGAAGUUUCAGGAGAAAGAUCAGAUGUUUGUGUACAUGAAGCGUUACGCCACCAUCACCGACACCACCACGUGCGAGCCCCACUAUAACCUGGCGAAGAGUCCUCGGCCCUUCGAGCGUCGCCGCUACCACUUCCUCGCCGCGCAGGACGUGGACAGCUAUUGGUUCGACCUGCUGUGCGUGUGCCUCAACACACCGCUAGGUCUGAUUCGUCUCCACGCUACGGAGGGGGAGAACGGAGUGGAGAGAGAGAAGCCAGACCCGCACAAAUACCCACGGAUUCGCCAUACACUUCCUCGGAGCCGUCACGUCGUAGACGAUGGCGUUACCCCUGGUGACGGUCUCGGGGCGGGUGGUCUGGACUCUGAGUUUUACGCCCACUUGAAGAGGAACUGGAUCUGGAACUGUCAUUUGAUCGACAAGACCGCAAAGGAUACUCCAAUUACCCUUCAAACCAGCCCCAGUGUGAGGUUACGCAACCUUCUGAACAAACACCUGCUCUCCAAGAAUGUCAUUGCAGUGAGUGACAAGAGCAGCCCCAAUCACGCCAAGCUGCUGCUGCCCAAGGUGGUGGAGGAGGAGGUGCAGACGGCCCUGGAGCCCAACACCCGCAAGCAGCAGAACCGCGGCGGGCGCCAGCAGAAGCGCAAGCGCGUCCGCAAACCACAGACCGCCAAGAAGAAGAAGGAGAAGAAGGAGAAGCCCAAAAAACCGAUGGUGCGUCAGUUCCUGGACAAGACGGACCGUGAUGCGCUGCUGAGGAUGACCCGUAAGCGCGUGGCCUGGAGUCAGCAGGAGGACAGUCUGCUCAUGCUCUGUAGAGUGGCCUGCCACUUCCUCAACCGCAAGAUCAAGAAGGCGUUUGUGCCAUGGCAGGUGGUGAGGGAUCUGUUGCACGCUGAGUUUGAGGCAUCUCUGGAUAAGACCUCUCACGCAGUGGGCCGACGCGCACGCUACAUCAUGAAGAACCCACAGACCUACCUCAACUUCAAGAUCUGUCUGGCUGAGGUGUAUCAGGACAAACUUCUCGUGGCCGAGUUCAACAACAGAACGGGGGACUAUAACAACCCACAGGUGUGCACUGAGGAAUUUAAGGAGUUUGUGGCAGUGUUAAGGAGGAAGUUCAGCAAAGCACCUGGGUGCAGGAUUGAAAUCCCAGACACAAAGCAGGAGCUCUUCCAAAGGUUUAAGGUGUAUGCCAUUGGGGAUGACUGCCCCACGGACUCCAAGGAUGUGCUUAAAAGUGAAGAGGACAUCCAUUCUCUCGUCCUGAAUAACCUGAUUCAGAGCACACUGGCGGUGUCUAACCAUCAAGUGAAGACCAGGCUGUCUUUCCAGACAUUCCACCUGUACAGCCGGUACAAGCACGAGGUCCUGUACGAGGCGUUCCUGAAGUGCCAACGGAACGGCCUGGUGAACCGCCGCAGGAAUGAGCAGCGCUACGGUGUGAAGAAGGACCGCUCCCUCCCCAUCAUGCCCAUGUCCUAUCAGCUCUCGCAGAGCUACUACAAAGUAUUCACAUGGCGCUUCCCUGCCGCCAUGUUCACUGAGGGCUAUGACCACUUGGAGAAACUAAUCGAGGCCGGAGGGGUGGACCAGCCGAGCGCUAUCUACGUGCAGCCCAAAGAGAGCGAGCAAGAGAAGGAGAGGGCCGGAGUGGAGGAGGUGGCGGAGGUGAAGAAAAGAGCAGAGGAGGAGAAGGACAAAAAGACGGAGACGGAGAUGGAGACUGAGACGGAGACGGAAGGCGCUGACCCCCCUGCGGACACUCAGGAGAAGGCGCCCUCGGAGACCCCAGGAGAGGCGAGCUUGACCCCGGCGCCAGAGUCGGGGUCAGGGACACCUAAGCAGCCGCCUGCCGAAGCCCCUGGCCAGCUGGACGCGCUGUUGUCGGCAGAGAACCUGGAGGGCAUGGUGCUGUUCCCGCUGGACGCACCAGGGGGCGCCUGCAUGGCCUGUAUGAGCCUCAUCACGCUGGGCCUGCUCUCUGUGGACGUGUCCAUCCCCGAGCAGAUCGUGGUGGUAGACAGCAACAUGCUGGAUAGUGAGGUGGUCAAGAGGCUGGCCAAAGAGGUGGAGGAGGAGGAUGAGCUGGAUGAAGAGGAGGAAGCUGGUCAGACGUUGCCACUGAGGAAGAGGGUUGAGGUGAAGGCGUCCCAGGCCUCCCACACUAACUACCUGCUGAUGAGGGGCUACUGCAUGCCAGGCGUCCUCAGCAGCAGGCUGAAGGUCACCUCCGUGGACAGCGUAGUGGUCAACGCCUGCACCGUCCACGUACGGCUCCGGAAAACGCCUGCACACACACUCUUCAAGGAGAGGGAUUCGCCCAUCCUGUCGGGCUUCCUGAAGUCAGGCUUGCGUGACGUCCCUGAGCGCUUCACCCGUGUGUUCCGCAAGGAGGGUUCGGCCGCGCUGGCGCUGUCCCGGCGCUUGGAGACCGAGCUGGGCUACGGCCCCGCCGACGUGAGCGCCGCCCUGGAGGUGUGGUGGUACGUGGACGAGGCCCAGAGCUACGGCGUGGACCGCCGAGACCUGCUCAGCCACUUCAGCCACAUGGUGCAGCCGGAAGAGGAGCGCAAGGGAGGACUACAGCAGUACCUAGAGGACCUGGUGUCACUGCAGGAGCUGGUGGAGGCGGGUGGAUGUGCGGUGCGCCUGGUGUCGCGGCGUCUGGCGCGCCCCUGGCUGCUGCACUCGGUGUGCGUGCUGCCCCAGCCCGGCCAGGCGUCCGCCCACGCGCUCCACGCCCUGCGAGCCCUGCGCCUGCCCGAGUGGCGCCAGCAGCAGCGGCAGAUCGAGCGCGACAAGGAGCGCCAGCGCCUCCGGGAGAAGGAGCAGAAGCAGCACCAGCGACACCUCCUCCGCAAGAGGGCCCUGGAGGAGCAGGAAGAGGAGCAGGAGAAGGAGAAGGAUGGAGAUGAAGAUGGAGGAGGAGGAGGAGUAGGGGCAGAGGAGCCGCUGGUGAAGGAGAAGGGUGAAGAUGAAGAUGGAGGAGGAGGAGGAGGAGUAGGGGCAGAGGAGCAGCUGGUGAAGGAGAAGGAUGGAGAUGGAGGAGGAGGAGGAGGAGGAGGAGUAGGGGCAGAGGAGCCGCUGGUGAAGGAGAAGGAUGGAGAUAAAGAUGGAGGAGGAGGAGGAGUAGGGGCAGAGGAGCCGCUGGUGAAGGAGAAGGAUGGAGAUGGAGGAGGAGAAGGAGGAGGAGGAGUAGGGGCAGAGGAGCAGCUGGUGAAGGAGAAGGGUGGAGGAGGAGCAGGCGGGAAGGAGAUGGAGGAGGCGCUUGGGGAGGGUAGCGGGGGAGAGAGGAGGAGCAGGAAAGCGGAGGAGGAGAAAGUAGGUCCGCCACCGAGGAAGAGGAUGGCAAAAGAGACGGGGGUGAAGAUCAGCUGGUUGAAGGCCCUAGGGAUGGAGGCGAGCGCUGGCGUCUCUAUGGAAACGGAGAUGCUGGAGGAUGCUGGGAAAAGGGAAGGAGGUGGUGAGCAGGAGAAGGCGGCGGAGGUGGGAACUACGGAUGGUGCAUCAUCAACGAGCGUCGGCGACAAACAACAGACAGAGCUUGAAGAUGCUGCUGGCUGUCUGUCCCCUUCAGAUGAACAGUCCAUUGACCACAUCAGCUUCCUGAGUCGCCCGUGGCGUGCGGUGGACGGCUCGGUGAACCGCUCGGUGUGUAAGGGCCUGCUGGAGGGGCUACUGCACCACGUCAUGAGCCGGCCCGGCAUCACCGAGCCCCAGCUCAUCCAGCACUACACGCGCGUGCUGCAGCCCGUCACCGUCAUCGACCUCAUGCAGACGCUGGUGGAGCUAGGUUGUGUCCAGAGGCGCUACCUGCUCCCGGCAAGUCGCGCCUCGCUCUUCUCUGCCCCGCGGUACGCGGAGGUGUGCGGGGAGGAGGUGGCGGCGUGCGUGGGCUACACGCCGUUCUACGAGCCCACGGUGGAGGCCGGGCUCCUGAUGUCCAAGGCCUUCCCCCACGAGAAGAACUGGAACCACUGGUCAGCCAUGCAGAACCAGUACCUCAAGCAGCAGCCGAAACCCCAGGAGGGAGGGGGCGCCACUGUGGCCGAGGGUGAGGGUGAGGGUGUGGCCGAGGGUGAGGGUGAGGGUGUGGCCGAGGGUGAGGCCUAGGGUGGCCGUGUGUGUGUGUGUGUGUGUGUGUGUGUGGCUUCACCUAGGGUGGCCGAGGGUGUGUGUGUGGCUUCAUGCAGGCCAAAGCCCACAGCUGUGAUCGGAAUUAGUUCUGCAAAGUGUGCAGUACUUAAAGGAGAGAGAGAGAGAGAGACGGAGACCUAUUCUCUUUCUCCCUCAAGCUGAAUGUAAUAUUUGUAACAUAUUUGUGAAACGUUCUGUUCUGUUCUUCUUUUAUUUGUUGGUUGCGAAACUAAUAAAAUGUUUGAAAUGUU